CCUGCUAUGUCCGAUUGACUUGUUUAUUUCUUCACAACGAGGCUGUUCUUCCAAACAAAAGAAUGGCUAAGGAAGAGCCCGAGUUAGCCAACCGUCCUGACAACACAGCCUUCACCCAGCAGCGGCUUCCGGCCUGGCAGCCCAUGCUCUCUGCUGGCAUUGUCAUUCCAGGGUUCGUCCUCAUUGGUGUGGCUUUUAUUGGCAUCGGUGUCGCUCUCUUUGUCACUUCACAGAACAUCCAAGUAUUGGAGAAAGACUACACUGGGGUGGAGACAAACUCACCCUGCUUCAAGUGCUCCGAUCCAAGCGUCAAGAAUUGUGUGUGCAAGCUGGACUUUUCCCUCAACAAGCUGUUUGAGGGACCAGUGUUCUUUUAUUAUGGAUUAUCCAACUAUUUCCAGAACUACAGGAGAUAUGGUGUUUCCAGAGAUGACACCCAGCUGUCUGGAGACCUUGAACACUUUAAGAAUCCUGAUGAGGACUGUACUCCCUACCAGUAUGAUGCCAGAAAUAUACCAAUUGUGCCUUGUGGAUCAGUCGCAAACAGCAUGUUCAAUGACACGUUCAAGCUAUACCAGAUAGUCAACGGAAAGAAGAAGCUGGUACCGUUUGAUGGAAAAGGGAUCGCUUGGUGGACUGACUACAACAUCAAAUACAGAAACCCCUCCAUCUUGCCCCUCAAGAAUGCCUUCAACGGUACUGUGAAGCCCAUAUUUUGGCCCAAGCCAGUUUAUGACCUGGAUCCCACAGACCCAGCAAACAAUGGUUUCAUAAAUCAGGAUUUCCUCGUUUGGAUGAGGAGGGCAGCCCUGCCAGACUUCAGAAAGCUGUAUCGAAGAAUCACUGAAGGUGACUAUGCAAAGGGCUUGCCAACUGGGGACUACUCACUUGAAAUUGCCUACAACUAUCCUGUUAUGAGCUUCGAUGGGAGAAAGAAGGUGGUAUUUAGCAAUGUGUCCUGGAUGGGUGGCAAGAACCAGUUCCUGGGUAUAGCCUAUCUGGUCAUUGGCUCCAUGUGUGUUGUCAUGUCCCUCGUCAUGCUAAUAGUCUAUGCUAAAUUCAAGUUCCCUGAAGAAGAAGAAAUACCUGGUCGUUGACUCUGGGUUGCUGGUAAACUCAAUAUACCUCAGUAUUUUGCAUUCACAGGGCUUAUGAGUAUAUGGUUCACCCCUCACAUGGGGGGGGGGGGAUACAAAGCUAGAAUAUACCGUUUAAACAGGAUUAGCAUGCAUUAUUCCAAAGUACUUGACUUUUACAGGAAGCUAAAUUUAGGAAGCCCCCCCAAGACUCAUAUCUGUGAUAUCAUGAAGACACACUGGAGCUUCUGCUUUUGAGAGUGAAUUGGAGACCAACUUAGUGGACAUUAUGUGGGAUUAUAUUUUCAUAUUUUUAUGAUGGCCACCAUUACUUGUCUGCAUCUGUGAGUACAUCUAUGGAGUGAAGCUCAUAUGGAUGCAAAAAAACCAAAACCUUCAAACAUUCUUCUACUCAACAUUAUUGGUCUCCAAAUUGCUCAAAGUGGCGUGAUUUUACCUCGUGAAACAUAGUUGAAAGUCAUGUGAUUGAAAUAUGUAAUGUAUAUUUGUGUGUAUAUAUACUUUCACUGUCAAGCUUGAAGAAUAAAAGCAGAGGUAGAGCAAAGGUGGAGGAUGGCAUGUAUGUGCAGCCUUAAAGAAAUAGAUGCUCCGAGCAGGGAAAUUAGAAAUACACAAGACUUUUGUGUAUUUCUGCAGAGCUUUUAAGAUCUACUUUGUGGAUCUUAAAAGGUAUUUUGCGAAAGUUAAAUAUCUUGCUCAAUAUCAUGCUGUCAUGAAUCCUAGAAUUUCUGAUGUUAUGCUAACUUCUAAGAAACCUAUAUGAAUAUCGGAGCUCAGUUUUUCAGGCUCCAUGCUGUUUGGUUUUUGGUGAAAUAUGCUUCUUUUUUUUAUCGCAAAAUGAGAUGCCUCCUCACUGUCACUGAUGGCAUUUAAGCCAUAUUCUGUUCCUCUGAUAAAUGUAGAGCAUACAUUUGGUAUGUGGAGGAUGUUCAUUGGGAGCUUCGGGUGUUUUCUCUGAAAUGAGCGUACUUAGCUCAGGGAUAUUAUGUCUGCAUGGACUGCUCGACUCAAGUUGAACAUAUUGUGUUUUUAUAAAACUGUUGCUGAUUACAUGUCUGUGAUCAUUCUUGGAAAUAUGGAUACUCUUUGAAAUGAAACUCAUCUUCAUGGUAAUAUUUAUUUAAUAAAAAUGCAUCAGA